AGCUUUUCUCUCUUCGUGAGGACAAAACCACACCCUCCAAGGUGAACUAUAAAUGCCAGAACCGUUUUCCCCCCUGUGAACACUACUUAUGAGCUUUGCAAAGGGACUAAGCACUAUCUUUGGCUGAUCGCAGUGAACAGGGAAGGACCGCGGCAAUGGUAUCUCAGGGGCUCCAGAUUAUGGGCAUUGUCUUGGCAUUGAUCGGAUGGCUGGGGACAAUAAUUGUGUGCGCAUUGCCCAUGUGGAAGGUGACUGCUUUCAUUGGGGCCAACAUCGUAACGUCACAGACCAUCUGGGAGGGCCUGUGGAUGAACUGCGUGGUCCAGAGCACGGGACAGAUGCAAUGCAAGGUCUAUGACUCCCUACUGGCCCUGCCCCAGGACCUACAGGCCGCCCGGGCCAUGCUCAUCAUCUCCAUCAUAGUGGGCAUCUUCGGCACCAUGAUGGGCAUCGCUGGGGGCAAGUGCACCAACUGCAUGGACGAUGAGGCGUCCAAAGCCAAGGCGUGCAUAGCUGCGGGUGUGACCUUCAUCAUUUCUGGGCUGCUCUGCAUUAUCCCUGUGUCCUGGUCAGCCAACACCAUCAUCAGGGACUUCUACAACCCCCUGCUGACCGAGGCCCAGAGGAGGGAGCUGGGAGCCGCCCUGUACAUUGGCUGGGGGUGUGCGGGGCUGCUGUUGCUGGGAGGAGGUCUGCUUUGCUGGAACUGCCCCCCCAAGGAGAACCGCCCCUACAUAGCGAAAUUUGCACCCGUGAGAUCAUCAUCAUCCACACCCAUGGACUAUGUUUAAUUUGACAGAGUGUUUUUUUUUUCAGACUCCUUUUCCAGGUACCUGAGAGAAAUUCAGGACUUUUAAGUUAAAAAGAAAAUUAAGUAAAACUCAUCAGAGCGCUGAAACUCACUGAGGCUUGUGUAAUGAUGUUCAUAUAUUAUUCUUAAAAUAUAAUUUCUAUUUUUCAGUUACCCAGAGUUACCUGAAUACAGACUUUCUGCUAUUAUGCUCAUUUUCAAAUGAUCUAUAAGCUGCUCUCACUUCUGUUUUUUCCCAUGAGUAAUUUUAAUUUAUAUAAUGGGAACAUUUUUAAUCUGUCGUCAAUAUGAAUAUUUCAAUGUCCAAAAAUGUUAUAUAUUAAAAUGUUUGAA